AUGGGAGUGAUCAAGGAUGGCACAAUCUCCGGUGUCCUACCAAAGCCUCAUGGAUUUCUGGUGCACUAUCCUGGUUAUCCAUCCUCAACCUCUCGUGCUCUCGACACACUGGGUGGAACUCAGGGCAUCCUUAAGGCUCGCAGUUCACAGUCGAACAGAUUAGAGCUCAGGUUCCGCCCGGAAGACCCUUAUUCUCAUCCUGCAUUUGGGGAGCGACGUCCCACUAAUGCUUUGCUUCUGAAAAUAUCGAAGAAGAAAUUUCCUGAUGCUGAUGGUGCCGAAGCUUCUAAUAGCAUGUGUGGAAUGGAGCAUGGGAUGGAAGAAAAUCAUGUAGAAAGUGAGGACGGAGCUGAUGAUAAAGUAGAUGAAAAGGAAAAUCUCUGUGCUGAUAUCGUUGCUCAUGUUCCAGAGGCUUAUUUCUUUGAAGGAAUGGCUGACUACCAGUAUGUUGUUCCUGUCCAUGCGGAUGUUGCAAAGAGGAAGAAGAGAAAUUGGUCAGAACCAGAAGAAACAAUCUUAGCUAAGGACAGUCGUAUAGAAGUGGAUCAUGACGACAUUAUGAUCAUAGUGCCUCCAAUUUUUUCUCCAAAAGACAUACCAGAAAACUUAGUCUUGAGACUACCUACCGUGUUAAGUUCAAAAAAGAAAGAUGACCAGGAAAUUGCACAGCCCCAUUUUGAGAUCGACAGGGAGCCAGUUCUUGCACUUGAUUUUCACAUUAAAGAUAUCCUACUCAUAAUUAGUAGAACCAUCAUAUUUAAAGUUUACUGA